CUGCCCAGCUGUCACCCCCGGCAUUGGUCCACCGAGCAGACACACGUAGGCACGUAUCCGACCAACCCCCCUUCAUCCUCCUCCUCCUCCGGCUGGAAGCAGGCAGACUGGAGCCGGCGAGCGGCGGGAUAUCCAGCCAGCGACGAGCCGCUGCUGCAGCGGACCGGACCGCACCGGACCGGACCGGAAGGACGGACGGACGGACGCGCGGCAUCGGAGCAAGUGUGACACUGUGCUGAGUCCCUUCACGGUGUGCAGCGGCACCAUGGCAGCUAUGGGACCCCAGGACAGAGCCGGAGCGGGACAGCGGGGCGGCGUGUCUUCAGUGCCACGCAGCAGCCACGGGCCUGACCUGCAGCUGACUGCGGUGUUCACGCAGAGCUGCAUGCAGGCUCAGAAAGUUUCAGGACCGGAGAGCAGGAGCGGCCCGGCUGCCUCGGUGCAUGGUGCUAGAGCCCUGUUGCACGGUGCCGGAGCCCCGGUGCAGCCCCCCGAAGCUGCAUACAGCUUCCGCAGCCCGGAGUCGGUGGAGAUGGACGAGAUCAUGGCCGCCAUGGUGCUGACCACCCUGUCCUGCAGCCCCGUGGUGCAGAGUCUUCCACAGAUGGACCCAGGAGCAGCAGCAGCAGACAUGGAGUGUGGCGGCGGCGAGCUCUCCGACAGCGGCAGCAGCGGCUACUGGAGCUGGGACCACGGCAACGUAAGCCCCGCCCCCUCGCCGUCCGUCCCCGAGGUGGACAGCAGCCCGGACGAAGGCCUGGGGGAGGAGCUGAGUGCCAAGAAGCCAAAGAGCUCCCUCAUGGGGAUGUACAAGUGUCUGUGGCCCAGCUGUGGGAAGAUGCUGACCACGUCAGUGGGAAUCAAGAGACACAUCCGCGUGGUGCAUCUCCGCAGUGGAUCCGACCAGUCCCAGAGGGAGGAGGACUUCUACUACACCAAGAUCUCCUGCGAGACCCCCGACGCCCAGCAGGCUCUGGGCCAGGCCGGCUCCUGCGCCUCUCCCCCGGGCCCGGAGCUCCAGAUCCCCCCGGCCCACAGGCCCAGGUCCAACUCCAGCUCCGGGCCCGGGUCCAGCAGGCCCAGCCCGCUCAGCCAGUCGGCCCCCAGCAGCUUCUGGCAGAUCCACUCCGAGCAUCUCUAUCAGGCCUGCAGCCCGGUCCAGGUAUCUGUGGCCCCCAGGAGCCCCGGGAGCCAAUGUUGGACCCCGCCCACCACCAUCUCCGGCCACAGUAACACUCCGAUGGCGAAGCCUCGCUGCCGGUCGGUCAGCGUCGGGGAGCAGUGGCUCCAGCAGAACCGGCUGCAGCCCAUGAGCGCCUCGCCCUCCCGCGGCCACUGCUCCUUCAGGAAGGGUCGCGGGGAGGCCAAGAAGUGCCGCAAGGUGUACGGAGUGGAGCGCAAAGACCAGUGGUGCACGGCCUGCCGCUGGAAAAAAGCCUGCCAGCGUUUUCCCGACUAGACGGCCGAGCGCGGGAGACCAAGAGACUUUUGUCAGAAAGAGAAUCUGAACGGAGAGAAAAACCUUUCCUUUCCUUUUUUUUUUUUUUUUUUUUUUUUUUUUUCACUUUCCGAAUGUUUCUUUCCUGAAGGUAUGAAGUUGUUUCCUGUACGUUUGUAAUCCUAAAACCUGAGGUCCGCCGUGGUGCUAACUGUCGACUGAGUCCCGCCAUGUGACGUGCUAAAGACCACAGUACUCUCCUCAUAGCUCCACUGUACUCAAUAACUUCCUUCAGUCCUCUUCCAGUGGUUACACAGUGCUGAUGAUAUAUCGUGUGAUUUCUUUUUUUGUUGUUGUUGUUUUUUUGUUACGUACGAGUGUUUUAUACCUUUCUUUUUUUUUUUAAGGAAAAAAAGUCUCAUUCAGCCUACGUAUUUUUUCUUUUUCAUGUUUUUUGGCACUUUGUUGGAAUCUAAACUCACAUGAAUAAGCUAUGUUCAGUUGGACUCGACCAACUUUAGUUCCUGCCCGCCUGCCGGCCUGUAGCCAGUGUUCACUGUCAUCGGCCGGCGCUAGAGUUUGUAAUAGCAAUAAAGGAACAAAAAGAGGAAAAUAUAUUGUCAAACACAUUAAAAUGCACUGAGAAUUUG